UUUUAUAUACAGUUGUGGUUGCUGAUUAUGAUAACGUGUGUGUAUUCAUGAAUGGCAGCAAGACAAGAAUUUGAAAAUGCCAAGAGGCACAUCAGAUGUUUAACAGCCACUUGACAAAGCAAAUGGUUUGUAAACACAAGAAAUCACUAGGAUAGAAAUAUCUCCCAUACAUUCAUCCAUUAGUAAACAAAUCUCUUCCUAAAAUUAUAAAUAUAUGCUCUUAACAAAUACAUUCAAACUUUAAAAAUCAAAUCAAAUCAUCCUUCAGGUUAAAAUUAUAGUUAGUUGCUGAUUAUAAAGCUAAGAAUACCCCAAUUACAUUUUCAAAUUUAUUCACUGCUCUGAAAAACUGACAUUUAGGAAAACAAGACACUGUAUUAAUGGUGUUUUUUAACUCUUUGUAUGGCAGGAUAGCAGCGUCAAUCAGCAGGCAUGCAGCUUGGUCCCUAUGAUUCACUCUUUUUCGUGCUUCUUUUGUUCUAUAAUUAGUAUUCACUACUGGAGUGCAAGCUUCCACAGUAGCAAAGUUCAAAGCCUCUUGGUAACUAGGCUGUAACUUGCAAGUUCAAUUUGUGCUGCUGUACCUUUAAACUCUGGGGUAAGUCCAGAGAACAGUGAGGGCCAACCCUUGAAGAAAAAAACAACAACCUCCAGAUGCUUUUUUUUUUUCAGAGCAACUGCAUAAAGACUAAGAGCAUAGAGAAUAUUCUGGCAAGCCUCCAUCCAGCAACAUGGCAAAGCAUGUUGUGUAUCUCCUGCUAGUCCUUACCCUGGUACGCUCAUCUCUUGCACAGCCAAAGCUCCUGCUGUUUUUGCUUGAUGGGGUUCGAUAUGAUUAUAUCUCUGAGGAAGCACUAGAGUCUUUGCCUGGCUUCAAAGAGAUUGUCAACAGGGGAGUGAAAGUGGAUUACCUAACCCCCGACUUUCCUAGUCUUUCCUAUCCAAACUAUUACACCUUGAUGACUGGUCGCCACUGUGAAGUCCAUCAAAUGACUGGAAACUACAUGUGGGACCCAGUGACAAAUCUAUCUUUUGACAUUGGCAUGAACCCAGACAGCCUCCUGCCUGUUUGGUGGGAUGGAUCCGAGCCCUUGUGGGUCACUAUGACAAAAGCCCAGAGGAAGGUCUCUAUGUACUAUUGGCCUGGCUGUGAAGUUGAAAUCCUUGGAAUCAGACCCAACUAUUGUAUACCAUAUGAAAAUGUUCCAACGGAUGCCAAUUUCUCCAAUGCUGUAAAUAAUGCCAUUGAGUCUUUAAGCAAUGGUGCAGCAGAUAUGGCAGCCAUAUACUAUGAACGGAUUGAUGUAGAAGGUCAUCGUUUUGGCCCUUCAUCUUAUCAGAGGAAGAAUGCUGUAAAAGCAGUGGAUAACGUUUUGCUCAGGAUGUCUAAGCUUAUCAAGGACAAGAAUUUGCAGAAUGAUUUAAAUGUUGUUUUCUUUUCUGAUCAUGGGAUGACUGAUAUUUAUUGGAUGGACAAAGUGAUUGAACUGAAAAACUGCAUCAACAUGAGUGAUGUUAUAAAAGUGAAGGACCGAGGGCCAGUUGUAAGCCUGUGGCCAGAGAAAGGCAAAGAAAAUGAGAUAUAUAACAAACUGAAAAAUGUGCCGCAUAUGACAGUCUAUAGGAAAGAGGAUAUCCCUGAUAGAUUUUAUUAUAAAAAAGGAAAAUUUGUCUCUCCAUUGACACUGGUAGCUGAGGAAAGAUGGUUCAUAGUAGAGAGCAGAGAAUCACUUCCAUUUUGGGAUAAUGGCACCGGAAAACGAGAAGCUUGGCAGAACGGAUGGCAUGGCUAUGAUAAUGAAUUCCUAGACAUGAGAGGAAUCUUUUUUGCAUAUGGGCCAGACUUCAAGUCUAACUUCAGAGCUGCACCAAUCAGAUCAGUUGAUGUGUAUAAUGUGAUGUGCAAAAUUGCCGGAAUCCCGCCACUGCCAAACAAUGGAUCCUGGUCGAGAGUGGCCUGUAUGUUGAAAGAUAAUGCGAAUUUGGCCCUGUCGUUCCAAUGGAGCAGCUCUGUGCUGGGACUUAUUCUGUUUUCAUUGUUUGUAUAACAGAUCUUGUAACACCAGUCUGAAUACAAUGUCAGUCAGUGUAUCUAGUUUUUCCCCCUCCUUUCAAUGCUGCCAUUGAAAUGGAAAAUGCUGUUGGAAGAAAAUGAUAUAAAUUCAUUUCUGAGAAUCCUGGUGCCAAAUGCUUUGAGGGAUAUAAACAAACAAAAACAAGUAUGAGUUGGUUCUGAUGGUCACAUGUUGUCCAUUUCCAAAGUAAGUACUGCUUCUGCCUUCUGCCAUCAGUUCCAGAAUCAAUCCCCAGGAGGCUGAAACCGGUAAUCAAAAUGCACCAACUCAAAGCAGACAGACCCACUUGCUAAUCACAUCUUUUCCUAGCAGUUUUCUGUAUUUGCAUUAUCUAAAUUUAGAUCAGCUUUUCACAGUCAGUCACCUCUCAUGAUGUGUUAUUUCUAUGCUGUCCAUAAUUCUCUAACAGCCAACCUGGUGAGCUAAUUUUCCAGAGAUAAUGCAUCUUGGAGCCAGUUGUAUGGACAGCAAUGGAAAAAUAGAUUUAAAUGGCACUUUAAAAGUUCUAGAGUCUAGACAAUGCUUGUGCCCCCCCCCCAAGACUUUUCUUAGUAUACAUACAUGGAAGGUGACAGCCUGUAACUGAUCAAUAGUACAUAGUAUUGUAUAGAAUCCAUUGGAGCCUCUUGGCAACCUCUCUAAGAAGACCUCCAGCAAAGACCUCAGCACUUCAUAUGGCUGCUUGUUCUAGUAGCUGAUAGGUCAGGAAAUUCCUUUUGAUGCCAGCCUGAACCUGCUUCCUUUAGUUAUUCUUUUUCUUUGUGGCAACCCUUUGAAAAGAUGAAAAUGGCUUUGUCUCCUUUCAUUAUUUCUUCUGUGGUCUCAACGUAAUUAAAUCCUUUCAAUGUGUGCCAUUUAGUCACCAAGCUCAGCUGAACUCAGCUUGAGGAAAGAAGAAGAGACUGACCAAUGCGGUGUAGUGGUGAAUGGUGGUGGUGAAUGUUCAAUAAAGAGGCCUCCGAAGUUUAGGGAAUUGAUUUGGGCUGAAAUAAUGGUCCCAAUAGUCCCUAUUGGCACACUUGGUGCCAUAUCAAAAAAAUCCUGGACAACACUUAGAAAAUGUGCUUAUUGACAAAUUGUCCACUUGUCCAUUACAAAAGGCCACAGCGCUUGGAUCUGCAAUGUAAUCCACUGAGUACAUUUCACACACCUAUACACAUAUAAAGCCAGGCAGAAGAAUUCCAUAAUAACUGAUAAACAUUGAUGUGUGCUUUUAAAUCUCAAGUGAAUCAUUGGAUCAAUUGGAACGGAGGAAAAGAAAACCAAUCUUUUGUUAUUUGGCUAUUGAAUACAGAAGGCAAUUUAGUUCUUGUUAAGCAUUUGCAGUAGUUGGAAAACAAAGACCUAUUGUUUAAAGGUCUGCAUACUACAUUAAUAGAGCAGACUGAAUUCUUUGGAGCACUGUUCCCAUUUUAAAAAAAUCAUUCAAAACCUUCAUUAAAAUAACUGAAUUGUAAGUUUCAAUUUUACAAGACAUACAAACAGAAAAAACAGAACAUACAAAUUAAUCUUCUGUAUUCUUGUGAUCAAAAUGUUUCAUUAUUUCUUUGUCUCCUCCUCACAUCAUUUUUAAUCUGUUUAUUAAAACUCUUUUAAUAAUAGUUGGAUUAGCCCAGAUUGUACAUUAGUGGAAUGGAAUUUUGAACCAAGGCAUUAUUUUGAACAGUGCUUAUAGAAUAAAACCUGCUUUUGAUUGCU